AUGGUAGACUUUAGACCAAGAUUAUUAGUGUUAUCUGCAGACAGUAAGACUCAUAAGUUAAUUACUAAGAAGACUCGUGUAUCUCGUGCAUGUCUGAUCUGUAGAAAGAAGAAACGGAAAUGCAAUGGUUUAAAUCCAUGUGAUUUUUGUAAACGAUAUUCUUUUAAUUGCGCUUAUAGUGAUAAGAAAUUUUCAGAAAUAAGUAAUGAUGAGAUUAAAGCUUUAAAGAAAGAAAAAAAGAAUGAAAUAUUAUCGAAUGAAAUAUUACUUCUUAAGGGAACCACUAAUAAUAACGAGUAUGUUGAUAAUGAUGACCAUUCUGACUUUGAUUAUAAAAAUAUUGCUGAAUUAUUGAUAUCUAAGAAAGUUCUAGAAAAGAUUAAAAAAGAUAAUCAUUCUUUAGAAGACAGGAAUAUAUUUAUGACGAAUUUAAUCAAAAAAAAUAUUAAUGAGGAAAAAUCGUUAUUAAAUUUAAAUUUUUUCAAUAAAUCUAAUAAAAUUUUAUUACCUCCAAGAGAUAUUGCAUUGAAAUUAAUCUUAAAUAGUUGGAACUAUGCUGGGGUAUUAUUUCGAUUUUAUCAUCGUCCAACUCUGAUUAAUAUAUUGGAUUCUUUAUAUGAAAAUGAUGGAUAUCCAAAAAAUAAUGAAGAAAUACAAGCACAAUCCUUAAUAUAUGCUAUAUUAGCAGUUGGUGCUCUUUUCUCUAAGGAUGAAUUCAAUGAAAAUGAUACAAGAAAUCGAGACUUUUAUAAUGAUGAAGGGAUCAAGUUUUUCAAUAAAGCAAGGGAUAUGAUAAAUUUUAAAGAGAUUUCUGAUAUAUAUUCUAUCCAAGCAUUAUUUAUGUUAACAAUGUUUCUUCAAUGUUCUGCGAACUUGAAAUCAUGUUAUUAUUAUAUUGGAAUUGCUAAAAGAUUAGCAUUACGUGAACGAUUACAUCGUAAAUCUUCUUUGAUAGGCCCCACAUUAAUUGAAGAUGAAUCUAAGAAAAGAUUAUUUUGGUCAAUUUAUAAAGUGGAUAUAUAUUUGAAUUGUAUCCUUGGUUUACCAUGUAGUAUCCCUGAGAAUAAUGUUGAUCAAGAGUUUCCCUUGGAUAUUGAUGAUGAAAAGAUCACUGCCGUAUCAAGUUUAAGUGAUUUUUCAGAGACUUUAACCAAUCCAUCGCGAAUCAUAAGUUCAUGUGGAAUGAAUAAUGAACAUACGAAAUUAAUUCUUAUUAUGUUAAAAAUAUAUGAACAACUUUAUCCAUUAAAUUUACAAAUCCUUGAUGUGGAGCCAUCUGUAAUUUAUCAAUUCGAAGAACAAUUAAAUCAAUGGCAUAUUGAAUUACCAAUUCCAUUAUCGUUAGGUUAUAAUUAUAGUACUAGUGGAGAACGUGAUCAUUAUUUGAAACCAAGUAAAUUAUUACAAUUAGAUUACUUAUUGACGAAAUUAAUAUUAUAUAAACCAUUUUUCCAUUUCAUUAGUAUUGAUUUAAGUAUAUUAUCUCAAUUACCAAACAGAAGAGAUUUAACGUUUCAAGUUUCCAUGGCUCAUCGAUGUAUCGAUGUCUCUGAAGAGAUUAUCGAAUUGGCAACAACAAUGAUCGAUGAAGAUAUAAUCAAUGGAUCAUAUUGGUUUUCCAUUCAUACUAUAUUCCAUAGUGUUGCCUGUUUAACGGUGUAUCGUCAUAUUUUACAAACCACCAAAAAAGAUGAUCAUGAUUAUAGUGAGAAGGAUAAAGAUGUUGAGAAAUAUUAUCAAUUAGGGUAUGAUGUAUUAGUUAAAUUAAAGAGUAAUUCCAUAGCUAGUGAACGGAUUUAUAAUGUAUUGAAUGAAAUCUUUGAAGAUUUUGAUAGUCAAAUGAUUAAAUUAUCAAGACAGGCAUUAUUUACAUUAACCAAUGGAUAUGAUUAUAAUAGUCUAAUUAAUCAUUCGAUGAUGGAUAUGAAUUCUUCAACAAUUCCAAUACCUUCUACUAUGAUUCCAGAACAACAACAAAAUAUACCAAUAACCACCACCACCACAGCAUCUGCAUCAUCAUCAUUAUUACCAAGUAAUAAUCAUAAUACUGGUAAUCAUUUCAUCUCAAAUGAUAGUAAUAAUAAUAAUAAUCAUAAUCAUUCGAUUGAUGAAACCAAUUCCUUAUUUAAUUUAGAAGAUCAAGCGAUUUAUGACGAAUUUUUAUUUGAUCCGCAAAUUUCAUUAGAAAAAUUAUUAGAAGAUUUAGGUAGUUAA